CCUUCCACAACCCUCACAUGCGUUAGCCCCUUAAACGUGAUUGUCCAACCCUCAAAAAAGAGACUGAUAUUGGAUUUGCGGCAUGUCAACUCAUUCCUCUCAGUACCUCGUUUUCGAUACGAAGGACUUACUCGCGUUCCUGAUUUGGUGCAAGAAGGCGAUUGGCUAUUCACGAUCGAUCUCAAAUCUGGAUACCACCACGUCGACAUUCACCCCGCUUUCUGGCAGUUUCUCGGAUUCUCCUUGCAAGGGCAGGACUACCAAUUCCUCUCUUUGCCUUUCGGGCUGGCUACAGCGCCGUUUGUGUUUACCCAAUCAGAGUGGUCGAUGAAAGCGGCACUUAUCACCAGUCGCAGCAGGCUACCUCACCACUGUCAGGCUACUAUUCCAUUCCCGCUAGCUGGCAAAUGCGGCUGUCCUCGGGAAUAUCAAGUCAGCAGAUUGGGGAAGGCUGGGGAUUUGCAGGUCUGGCAGGAGUGGCAGGGGUGCCGAGCCAGCAGCCACAUGGGACAGGCUGGUUGAGGCUGCGGCGAGUGCGAGGGACAAGCUGGACACUCUCCAGAGGAUACAGAGUGCAGAGUACACCCAUUGGGUCAAUGGAGGAGCGAUGGCAAUCCCAGCGUUUUCUGCGGGGCGGCUUGAGGGUGCAGAGGCAGGUGUGGCGUGGCUGGUGGUGGAUGGCUUGUGUCUGCUGCGUGCUGGCUGCCUUGACUUGCUGCUUUUGGCUGGUGGGCUGUGCGUGCUGGUGCUAUGGCUGGUUUGGCUGCACGGCCCAGCAGCAGCAGCAUCAGCUGUCCCUGUGAUGCCUUGGCCCUGUUGCGUCUGGUACGGGCAGCAGAGAAGUGCCCUUGCAUGUUGGUGCGUUGUGGAGUCUAUUUUUGAGGCGCCUAAAAAAUACGGGCAGCAGAGAAGUGCCCUUGCAGGUUGGUGCGUUGCUGCUGAUGGUAAGCUGAGAUGACACAGUUCUGCUCAAGUCUGCACGAUCUGUCACAAAUUCCUAUCAGCAGCAAGUUUCCCACCCUAGUCAUAUAGAAAUUUCAACAGCAA